AUGCCAAACCCUGAUUCUCUGGAAAGCUCGAUCCAGAACCUGUUGUCGGUGCUGUACCCGCCCUUUGAGGCCACCGCCCCCACUCUUCUCAGCCAGCUCUUCCAAAUCAUUGAAAGUCGUUAUCGGGGGGAUGCUCUGCGGUGCCUGCUGGACUUUCUGGUCCCAGCCAAGCACAUCUUAGACACUGUGCAGCAGGCUGCAUGUGCUCAGUACUCUGAUGUACUUUUCCUGUGUGAGGGCUGGCCUCUGUGUUUGCGCGACCAAGUUGUCGUCCACCUCGCUCCCAUCAACCCCUCGCUACUUCAGCUUGGUGACUUUUACCUCCAGGUGGCACCAUUCUGUGACCAAUCAGCUCGAAUUGUGGUGUGCAGCCUCCUGGAAGAGGAGGGGCUUAUAGUGGAAGUUGUCGAGGAGACUCCGAUCGCUGAAACUUCCUAUCCUUGUAUAUUCAGCCGCGACUGGUUAGAGGAGAUCAACCAGGGCCGCCAUGGAAGGCCUCUCAGCCAAUGCCUGCUCGCCACUGAGCGGGGCGUAGUGAGGUUACCAUGGGAACGGGUGACCGUGCCUGAUUUUGUGGAUGUGCCACUGUGUGCGGGGAGUACACCUUCCUCACAUCCCUCUGCCUUCUCUGUGGAGACUCGAAUAUGUCCAGCGAGGCACGGCAUUGCUGUGUCACUCUGCCUAGUGGAUACUAACGCUGCUUCAUCAUCUCGACUAGUUAAAGUGAAAGAGACUGAAGAGAAACCCUGCACCCCGUGCAUGAGGAGAAGACAAGGCGGAGAGGCGUCCAGAGCUCAGGAGCUGAGGUGUCGAUACAGGGACUCCUACCAGGCUGCUAUACAAAACCCUGUCCCCUUUGGACAGGAGAAGGAGAGGGGGAAGAUGUUAGCUGUGGUGGAGGAGGACGCUGUGGUGGACACCUCGGAGAAGUGUGCGCUGGUUAUUGUUGAAGGUCAAAACGUUAGAAGAAGAGAAAAUACUGGAUCAUGUGCAGAGAUUCCCCAGCUGCAUGUGGUCAAAUGUAAAAACAGCACAGCUUUUGGACUGGUUUCCCCCAAGAUCAACAGGAGGAAGAUGGUCAUUCGAGAUGCUGCUCAGCCCGGCAGUAAGUUCAUAACCAGUAGAAAUGGCCAGCAGACGGAGAACCCGUCACAGACAGAUCCACCUCCAGCACCAGAGACACAGAAGAUAUCCCAGCAUGCCUCUGCUCGUCCCAGACCUGACCACCUUCCCCUGGGAUCCCCAGACCCCAGAGCCCACCCCCUCUACUCAGGAGUGGCCUCUAUCACAGGUGGCAGAGACAGGACAGGCAGGGCAGUAGUUGAGCUCUAUGGACACCACCAGGGAUGGAGACCAGCUGUAACCAGCCAAGAGCUCUUCCAGAUGCUGCUCUACUUCCGCACUGUCACCAGGAGAGAAAUCAGAGAAGCUGGGAUGACGCUCAUUUUCGAUUCUAGGAGGACAAUUCCUCAGCCGCAGCUCUAUAAGGCCUUGAUGACGCUUCAGGAGCAGACUCCCCAUGCAGUAAAUAGUUUUGUGCUGCUGGUGGACAAGGAGAACAGCAUUCGGCCAGAGAGGUGUCCCGGCAUCCAGACUGAAGUGGUGACAUCCAUGAAAGCCUUGUUCAAGCUGGUGGAGGUGAGUCAGCUAAGCUCCCGUCUGGAUGGCACACUGUCUCACAGCCACUGUGACUGGAUAGAGCUGCACCAGAAACUUUUCCCAUUUGUGUGUGAUCUUCAUGAGGCGUCCAGCUUCCUUCUGAGAGCCAUCAGUCAGUUAGAGGAGCCCCAGAGGAGAGACACUACUGUGCAGCAGUGCAUGAUGGACCAGAGGACUCUGAUGAGGAAUGUCCUGGAGGACAGCCGAUUGGUCAGCCUGCAGAGGGAGGGUGGGGCCAUCCUAGCGAGGCUGAGGAAGGAGAGUGACCUUAAAUACCCGCACUGCGAGGACCUCAGUGACGCAGUGGACUCAGUGACCAGCCUGUACAACCACGUGGAGGAGCAGGCUCACGUCCUCGUGCAGAGGUCCAACAUGUCACUGGAACACCUGGAGUAUCUGCUGCAAAUCAGAGAGUUGGAGGGACACUUCAUGCAGAUGCAACAGUGGUUUCAUGUAGAAGGAGAGCGCCACCUGCUGGAGGCUGAGUCAGUCAACGACUCUGGAGACCAAAUGGAGCAGAUCCUCAACAGCUUCACUCGUUUCCUUAUUGAAGCAAAUGACCGAAGGCACCACGCCAUGACGUUGGUGUCAGAGGCAGAGAAACUCCAGCAGAGCGGGUUCCCCUACGCAGAGACCGAGGCGUUCUGGACACUAGUCUGCACCUUCAAGUCAGGCCUGGAGGACUUUCUUUGCAGGGCAGAGGCCUGUGGCAGGGAGCUGCAGAUCAUGGUCAACGUGUGUGACUUUUGUGAGCAGGCUACAGCUCUCGCCAGCGAAUGCAUUGAGUACCUGGACCAGAGUCAAUCUACAAUCCACAAAAUUCAAGACCAUGACCAGACUACAACACCUGUCAAUCAAACAAACACAAUACGACACCAAAACCAAGACCCCAUACUGAGAGACGCGGCACCUGCCUCAGGCCCAACCACCACCAGUGUUGACACCUCCGUCCUCGAGACUUUCCAAGACAGGUUCCUCCAGUUCAACCCAGAGAGAUUUCAGGAGGUGAAGGCCCAGGCCAGUGCUCUGCAGGGCUCCAGGGGGAUGCAGGUCUGGAACGCAGCCUGGCUGAGAUGCCAGGAGGCCAGGCAGCAGCUUCAGGAGAGGAUGCAGGAUGUGGAGGAGGUUUUCCAACAUCGACCAGAUUCUAGCAGCUGGAGUGAACUUCACUAUGUUGAUGUGGUGAGCACCAACGUUCAGAUGCCGUCCUCCGGUGGCCAGAGUCUGGUGGUACAAUCAACACCCGGCCCUCGACACCCGCAGUGGGAGGGCAUCGUGUCGGGAGCGGUGGAUUUAGGGAAGAGAAGGCCAAUCCUGGGCAGCAACAACUCAACAACUCUAGCUUGCUGUAACAUCAGACCUGAAGAUCAAAGUGAUGCUGGAACCAGCCAGGGGUCAAAUGUCACUCCACAGUCACCUAACAGGUCAGCAAGAAGAAAAGAAAGAGAGACGAGGAGGAGACAGACGAGCAGAGCGAGGAGUGAGAGAGAUGCUGCUGCCUUGUCUCAGUCCCACACUGUCGGCUGCCAGUGGUUUCCAUGGGGACGAGGUCUUGGAGCGAGGUCGGUGAGCCAGGACUCGUGCACCACCGCAGUAGCAACAGCGAGGUCAUCCACUCCUCCAGAGCAGCCAUCAUCCUGCUCCCACCACGGUCAGCCGUCCUGUCGGAUCCUCCAGGAGGCUCAGAAGUUCCAGCUCUCGCGCCACGGGAGCUUCUGCUCAGAAGAGUCCUGUAUGAGUGAGCGGGAGGCUGCAGCGGGUAACAGGUCUUCAUGCUGCAAACACUCCAGCCUGCCCAUCGGGAGAUAUGAGGGGGCGUUUUGUUCGGCAAGUCCACAGGAAAGUGCCGGCAAUGCCCUGAGGCUGCAGCGUGUCCUGGAGGAGCUGGUGUUUACAGAGAGGGAGUAUGUGCGCUCACUGGGCUACAUCCUGACCCACUACCUCCCGCUGCUGGACAGACCAGACAUCCCCCAGGACCUCAGGGGAAAGCGAGGCGUCAUCUUCGGUAACCUGGAGAAGCUUUACGACUUCCACAGUCACUACUUCCUGCCAGAGCUGGAGGCCUGCCAGAGGGAGCCCGCCAUGGUGGCCCGAUGCUUCCUCAGACAUAGUGAAAGUUUGGGCCUGUACGCUCUGUACAGCAAGAACAAACCUCUGUCAGACGCCUUGAUCCUGCACCGUCGCCAUGACAUCUUCAAGAAGAAGCAGCAGGAGCUGGGGGACAUGAUGGACCUUUCAUCCUACCUGCUGAGGCCCAUCCAGAGGAUCAGCAAGUACAGCCUCUUGCUGCAGGACAUGCUGGCUCUGGCUGGCUCAUACAGUGAGAGGGAGCGGGAGAGGGCUGAGAUCCGAGCUGCUGCAGACCUGGUUCGGUUUCAGAUGCGUCACGGCAACGAUUUGCUCACCAUGGACGCCAUCCAGGAGUGUGAUGUGAACUUAAAGGAGCAGGGCCAGCUGAUUCGUCAGGAUGAGUUCACAGUUUUCUUAAGGAAGAAGAAAUGUGUCCGCCGCAUCUUUCUCUUUGAAAAUCUCAUCCUCUUCAGCAAGACCAAGAAGACAGAUAUUGGCAACGAUGUUUAUGUCUACAAGCAGUCAUUUAAGACAAGCGACCUUGGGAUGACCCACAACUCAAGUGUGAGCAGCUUGAGUUUUGAGAUCUGGUUCCGCAGGAGAAAGAGUGGAGACACCUACACCUUGAAGGCCUCCAGCAUGGAGGUGAAGAAAGCGUGGACCGCCGACCUGGAGAAGAUUCUAUGGGAUCAGGCCAGUCACAGUAGAGAGCUGCGUAUGCAGGAGAGGGUGUUCAUGGGAAUGGGCCGUAAACCCUUCAUGGACAUUACACCCAGUGAUGCUGCCAUCUGUGACCGAGCGGUCAGCUGCGCCCUGCCUGGGAGAAGUAAGGAGGGCUUAGACUAUCCACGGCCACACUCCAUUGGCUCUGGCAGCACCGCCUCCACCACCAUCAGCCAAUCAUCUUCCUCCUCUGGACGGGGCUCGCUGCCCCCUGCUGGGUGUGACUGA